AUGUCUCAAACACCGUCACCCUUUCCUACACAACCAUCUUAUUACUCAGCCCCAACAAUGACGAAUCCCAUAAAUGCCGACACACCUCCUCCGCCGCCCCCAAAACCCAGCAGUCACGAAGCAAGCCGAGGAGGCACCCCUCAAAACAUGUCUUCCCUACCAACGCCUCAACAACCAAGAUCCUAUGGCUAUUCUCCAGAUACUCAGGUCACAGGAUCCCAACAACCGACAUAUCUUCAAACCACCCCUCUCCCUGCUCCACCAACGAUUGAAGAGGGUUGGCUCCCAGAAUUAGUCAAAGCGAAAUCAACCCUGGAUCUCCAAACUAUUCUCAAGGACCCAAACCUCAUAUCUGCGCUCUCAAGCCACCACCCCUCCCACACAGCGCGCCAACAGAACCUCGAAUUCCUCCUACAAGUAAAUCAGGAGCUUGCAAACCGCGUGCUUGAAACCCAAAAACAUGUCGCCGAGCUUCGCGCCUCCACCGAAACCAUGCUCCUUCAGCACCAGUCGCUUGAAGUCUCCUGGCGCAAAAAGCAAACGGAAAUGGAUGCCGCUCUAGCGCCGUGGUCGCCUAAAGCAUUGUAUCAGCGAUUAAGUGCGGCCAUCGCGGAGCAGGAGGCUGUUUGUCAAGCCGUGGAGGAGAGUUUCUUGGACGAGGAUCACCACGGCCGUGCCACGGAGAAGGAGAUUGCAGAUUGGGUGCGACGAGUGAGAGUGGAAGCAUCCAAGUUGGCAUCGAGAAAAGAGGCCAAGGCGCGAUGGGAUGAGGGGAGAGUUGGAGGCUGGCGUUAA